AUGCAGUGUUCCUUCAAGGAAAAACCACAACAAGAUGUAAUCAAGCACAAAAAUUCUUCAAUCUUUCUUAAUGUGCCCCAAACAUUCUCAGCUGGAGGCAUCAUCACGCCGCCGGAAACCCCGGCCCAGAAACAACAACACGCCACAAGCGAAUCUUACGCAACACUAAUCGAUUGCCCCAUCUCCAAGGCCAGCUUUCUGCUCGCCCAGGCAUCCCUGGCAACGGCGCUGGCCGGACGCACGUCAUCAACAACAGAAUUCAAGUUCCGGGACCGAGAGGCCUUCGGAGCGGAAACGGGGACGGAGACACGAACACUCCGUUUCGGCACGGGCCUCGAUGGGUGCUUCACCACCUCCAGGGGCUUCCUUGGAUGUCAAGCAACGCCUCCGAGCAACGUCAUCACCCGUAGUAUUAGUAAUUCUCCAAGAAGCUUGAACCAAAUCCAACGCUUGCCAGAGUCCCUGAAAGCGUGGGAGGUGGUUCACGGAAAUUUGCCCCGUCUACUCCGCGCACGACGAGUGCGUCAUGCCGUUGACGCCCUGCGCGAGAAGGCGGCUGUAGGUGGUAGAAAUGCGUGGGAUGACUUGGAACAGCGUCAUCUGGCGCGAGCUGCGCUCGUGUUGAGCGGGCUGGCUCACGCUUACAUGUUUGGCGAGGAGCAAGACAAGGGAAAAGAGAACGAGGGACAAUCUCAGGUGCCGCGUCACGUUCUUGAUCCGUGGGAGAGAGUGCCCGCCGACGAUGUCCUCAACAAUGCUGUGGGAAAUGCCGCAUUCAACCUCAGCAGCGCCUACUUUGGCCUCCCAGAGGAACGCCUCUCCUCAGGACUCCAAGGCACAAUGGAGGGCAUCUUCGCACCAGCUCUCUCCGCCAUGGCCCUCGCACAGAGCGGCGUGCUGGCAGAUGAGCCAGAUCAAGUCACGCACUGCCUCGAGAGCCUGGCGGCCAACAUUGUCAAGUGCGCCAACGUCUUCGAGUCCAUGACUCUGCGCGACGCGGCCACCUUUGACCCCGUCGUCUGGAUCAAGACCUACCCAGCCAUGGGCCGCGCCGUCACGCCCGGCGAACUGGGUAACAGCGGCGCCGACACGCCGCUUUUUCACGCGCUCGACGUCUUUAUCGGCCGCCAAGACGUCAAGGGUGACUUGACAGGGAUGCAGAACGACCGCAAAGCCACGCUACCGGCCAACAUACGCGCCUUUCUGGAUGCCCUCGGCGACGGUGCGGGGAGCGUGAGAGACUACGUCGCGGCGUGCACCGCCCGUGCUACGCACCGUCUUUCCUCGGAAGAGCAGUCGCAGUACCGCCAUCUCGAGGCGGCGUGGGACGGGCUUCUGCAGAUGUACGUUUGGUUUCUCGAGAGACACCGCGUCAAGGCCAUUGGCGUCACGGGCGUGUCGCUGAAUACGGGGCGGCACUCGACGAGCAGUGGCGUCAAGAGCGGCGACCAGUGCAAACAUGCUGGCUCAUCAAUGGCAUCAGGAAAAGGAAAAGGGAAGCCAAAGAUGCGGCCCGAGGCUAUGCUAAGCAUGCAGAUGAAGGCGGGCAUGGCGUCGCGGCUGGGUGGCCGACCUCUGUGGCAGGAUGCGCGUAUCCAGUCGCAGACUGUGUACGAGGGUAGCACAGUGGUUGAAGUGAGAUUGGAUGCCAAGUUGCCUCUCGAGGCGGGCGAUCGAGUGCAGGUCUGGCCGUCAAGGAAGAGGAGAAACGCCAGCAGUUCGCACCAGCGACGGGUACGGGCUUCCACCCCUCCUGAAGACCAUGAUGUGUCGUCAGAUGAGGACGGCGACGAUGGAGAUGAUGAGGCCGAGCCGAGAUUCUACUCAAUCGCGCGUGUCACGCCAGACUCGGGAGGCGGCAUAACCAUCACUCUGACAGUCAGUCAACACUCGCCCCAGGGCCUCGUCUCCUCAUUUUUGAGCAACGCGGCCCAAGGCACACAUCUACGUCUUCGCCCAUGGCCCAGUCUACGUUUCCGCCAACCUCGCGACCUUUCCGUACCUUUGGUCCUAGUCGGCCAGGGCAGCGGCAUCGGCCCCUUGGUAGGCUUCCUGCACGACCGGGCGGUAUGGGCACAGCAGCGCCAGAUUGCGUACCGGGACUCCGUCCAUCGUCUUGUGAAAGAGGAGGGCGGUCAUCUCUUUGUCUGCGGCAGCUCUGACUUUGGGGCCACGGUAACAAGUGGUCUUGAACUGGGUCAACCGCAGCAAGAAGAGCAACAAGCACAGGGACACGAUGAGAACAACUACACACAGAUCCCGUCGCCACCCGCGCACUGGGAAAGACUCCAUCAAGAUCUCUUCACAGCCGUCAAAGGACCUUCCAAACCGCGAGCGCCGUCUUCUUCCGGCCCCUCGUCCACCUUGCCCAUCGUCACUCCCUCCGAGCUCGCAGCCCACAACUCAAUCACCUCAAGCUGGGCCGCCAUCGACGGAACAGUAUACGACCUGACGCCGUUCCUAACUAUCCACCCAGGCGGACCAAAGACACUCCUCGAGUCAGCAGGCACCAUCGCUGAUGUGCGCUUCGCCGAGACGCACGGCGGGCCACACGCCCAGGAAAUCAGAGGCUAUCUGCAGCAGUACGCCAUUGGGCGUCUGCCUCCACCCAGGUGUCCUAGAGACCUCAGUACGCUUCAGAUAACGACAUCAAAGCUCACCGAUGCCUUGGUGACGAUGCAAAACGCCCUCACCAAUAACACCGCCUUUGACGCGAAACGCGGGCCUGUGCCCGUGUACGUGUACGAGGAUGCCUUGCUUGUAUUCGCCGACGGCCUGGAUGGCGUGAUGGCCAUCCUGUCGGACGUCGCUCCAGACGACGAGUACGGAAACGCCUUAGAGCUAAAGGAAACCGUAGCAAACACACAAACGCUGCUAAAAAAGGCCUUGUCCGAUCUGAAAGACGGUUGUAAGCGUUACAUGCAAGCCGCGGGCUCCAACGGCUCUGAUGCCUUGCUCGAUGAGAGCGAGGGGUUGAUUCAGAAGCUGCAUAAUGAGCCUAUCAACAAGAUCCACGCGGCUAUCAAUGCUUGCAAGAAGGGUCUCGGCGAGAUUGAGUCUUUGGGUCUUGCAGAGGCGGAUGGUAGUGACGAGAUUUGUGGUGUCUUGGAGGAAUUUUCGCUUACUCUCGCUACUCUUGCCAAGAAUUUGCUUCUUGUCAUGGCUCUGGCUGAGGAAAGUGACAACGCGGAGCUUGAGCAACGGGCUACCUGUCGAGAGGAGAAUAUUUGCGCAACGCAUUCUGCGAUGCCGAGUGUUGAUCUUUGA